AUGGCUGCCUUGAAGGAGAAGAGGACUUGUGGGCAACGAUGUGAAGACUUUGGCCGUUUUGUCUGGAACUCCGACGAUGGGACGUUGAUGGGGAGAACACCAGAGAAAUGGGUGUACAUCAGUCUGUAUUAUGUGGCCUUCUACGUGGUGAUGACGGCCCUCUUUUGUCUGGCCAUCUGGACUCUCAUGUACACCUUGGAUCCGUACACCCCGGACUACCAAGACCGGCUAAAAUCUCCGGGGGUGAUGGUGUGGCCUGACACUUACGGGGAGGAAACUGUUGAAAUUUUCUACAACACAUCUGAUAAGGCCAGCGGGAAGAAGAUGGCCAACAUCCUUAAUGAAUUCCUGAAGCCCUACAAUGACACCAAGCAGCUUGAAUGUAACAACUAUAACUGCACAAAGGGAAAGUACUUCAUCCAGAACACCUUCUCUGCCCCUCACCACACCAAGUGGUCAUGCCCUUUCACGCAAAGCAUGCUGGGACCCUGCUCAGGACUUGAGGACCCAACCUUUGGCUACAACUGCAGCAGGCCUUGUGUCAUCAUUAAGAUGAACAGGAUCAUCAACUUUUUGCCUACUAAUCACACUGAUCUUCCCGCAUAUGUCAACUGCACUGUACUGGACGGACAAGAAAAUGUGGCCAAAAUCGAAUAUUUCCCUGACAGGGGAAUUAUUGAUCCCUCUUACUUCCCUUACUACGGAAAACUGGCACAGCCUACUUAUGUCAACCCGUUGGUGGCCGUUCGGUUCAGCCUGGUCGAAGAGAAGAAAGCCAAGAUCCAGUGCAGAGUGGUCUCCCACAAGAUCAGCUACGAAAACUUCCAUGACCCCUACGAGGGAAAAGUCAUCUUCUCCCUCAAAGCAUUGAAAUGA